UACAAUUUUUAUCCUUAUCUGUUUAUUGAUAAGGAUGGAGGGCUUUUAUUAAAAACUAGCACCUAAUUAUUGUACUAAAAACAUUAUCUGUUUAUUGAUCAGGAUGGAGGGCUUUUAUUAAAAACUAACACCUAAUUAUUGUACUACAAGCAUUAUUUGUUUAUUGGUCAGGAUGGAGGGCUUAUGAUGAAUAAUCCGACUGCUGUAGCUGUACAUGAAUCAAAGUUGCUUUGGCCACAGGAAAAUAUUCAGUGCAUCAUUUCUAUUGGAAAUGGUCGUCACAUACCAUUCUCUUAUGAUGCCCCUACUUCAACUAGUUUGAAAAUGAAAGUAGUCAAGAUUGUAGACAGUGCAACAAAUACAGAAGGAACGCAUACAAUUUUACACGACCUGCUUCCUGCUAAUAGCUACUUCCGACUGAACCCUUACUUGUCAGAACCAAUCACCCUAGAUGAGAAUAGACCAGAUAAACUGGAGCAGCUAAAGACAGAUGCUCAGAUGUACAUGAGAAGGAACGAACAUAAAGUACUCAAAGCCAUUGCUGCACUUAGCGAGCCUCGUGGUUAUUUUUUGAGAAUACGAGAUUAUCUCUACCUUGUACGAGAUUUAAAAUGGUAGUUCCACAUAAUAAUUUAAUUUUCUGGAAGUAUUUAUCUGAAUACUUGGUUGUACGUUAUUUACAAGGUAAAUAAGCUGUUUUUUCUUUGGAUAUGGUCUUCAGUUUAAUCUUUACACCUCUUGUCACAUUUCCUUACUACAAAAAUAUAACUAGUGGAUGAAAUUGUGGGAAAUUUCACAAGAACAUGAAACUAAAAUAUUAAAUUUGUUAUUUAAUGUAGUUCUCCGCUCUCUCAAUAGUUCACAUACAAGGUGAUUUUUAUAGGAAGUAUAGAAAUACUGUUUAUUAUCUUAAAAUUUUCAUUUACAUAACCUCUAGACUCAGGUAAAUGUUCAUAUUUUAUUUUCCAUUCUAUCAUCAACAUCAGUGUAAUGAAAUACAUACAUACUUCAACCCUGUAAAAAUCCACCAAAUCAUUAUAUGUGUAACUUCAUGUCUUUUAUUAUUUAUGUUGAUACAUCAACUAGUAGCUGCAAGGCAUCAUUAUCUUCAGCUUAUGAAAUACAGUUUCUGUAGAAGUUCUACAUUUGCUAAACUUGGAAACAAAUGUUUUAAAGUUGAUGUAUAGAAGAAACCUGUUGAUUUUACAUCAAUUUUUGUAUAUAAUUUACCUAAGAUAGCUGGAUUUUGUUAAGUUUAAAAAUAAUUAUGUUCUAGUCUUACAAUUACACAAUCUUCACUGUUAACUAUAAUUAGUAAUAUUUCAUGUGAGUGGAUUAUGGAAUUGUUCUUAAUAUAGAAAGUUUAAUGUAUAUAUUUGUUGUCAAUCUUAAUAAAUGAUGUGAAUAUUCCCGAA